CGCGUUGUUCGAUCGCCCGCCCCCAGUAACAGGUCCACUGCCCAUCGCGGCUUCGUCGCUUCAGGCCUCGCGGCGUUCGCUGGCGCUCAACUGUUCCUCGAUCGCGUAUCUGCAUCUGGCUUGCUGCUGACCUGUCCCCUGGCUACGCGGUACAUGAGCUGUUUAGCUCCGUUGCUUUCGGCCCAUCUUUAGGCCUGCUCAGCCCUGAGAUUCCGUCGUACCUAGUCGACAGUCGCCACUCUUCCCCUCCUCCUGUCCUCCUUAGUCUCCACGCCCGCUCCUUUUUCAUCGACCGAUCUUACAACCUUACUCUCUACCUACAGCCUGUCGUUGCUAGACGACUGAGUGCUCCGUUCGUAAGAGAAAAAGACACUGUCCAAGACCUGUCAGCCUUCAGCGACCACACUGCCACUGCACACCUGCCACCCUUAUUUGUCACCUACUUCAACCGAUUGGAUUUCACCAUGCCGGCGGAGCGUCGAACAUUUACUGCGACCAGACCGGUCAAGACCGAGCGCACUCACGAAGAGAACCAAGAACGUGCCUACAUCGCUGCAUCGCGACGCAGUGACCGCAGUCUCGAGGCGCGCAUUGAGUCUGCACGAAGAGCUUCUGAGAUCCAUAAGAAGCGCACGGGACGUGCCUUGCGUGUGACUGAACAGGAUGUCAUCAAUGAAGAAAUGUACGAAGAAGAAGACGAUGAUUUGCCUACGCAGUACCAGCGGUUGAAUGCACAUCUGCACACUACUUCGGUCAUGUUCAACAAGAAGCUACACGACUACAUUGCGACACAGCAUGGCGUCAGAAACAUGUUCAUGUCACAGUAUCAGAACCCAUCCUACCAGCAGUUUGGUGGUCAAUACCCAGCCAAUGGUGGAUCCUUCCCUCAAGCGAACAACUGGAUGAAUCCACUCAUGCUCCCACCUCAGCAGUUUAGUUCUACUACACCCCAGAAUUUUCAACAGGCGCAACCCUUUAGUCCCACUAGUGCCAAACCACAAGGAUCUCGACAGUCUCCGUACCAUAUUCCUCAGCGUUCGCAGUCCCAUCAACGUUCUCUUUCCAUCCAGCUACCUCAAGCGGCCAAGCCUUUCGAUCCGUCUGCACAGCAAGCAAACAACGACGUGACUUCACCGCAGGGCGGCAUGAAUAGGAGAGUAUCUUUACCACCUCGAGAUGGACAGUUGCGUCCUACAUAUUCGCGCUCGCCCACUGCUCAAUCACCUCAGAGCGCAUCACCAACUGCAGGAUCAAUCAAAGAGGAGCCGCGUUUACAGAGCGAUACUAGCACGCCCAACUCGUACAUGUAUAGCCCAACAGCCUAUCCCAUGAACUCACAGCUGUCGAACACGAACCCUUUGACUAUGUCACUGCCUCCCGAGUCGCAGCAGUUCAUCGGUUCAGCACUUGACCCAAACGAUCCCCGAACUGCCAUGUUCAUGUCGGGUAGCGACUCCCUUCCUCAACCCUUUGCUCCUACCUAUACUUAUAAUCCCAAUUUCUCGAAGCCGACAAAGACUGGUAACCCAGGAACCCCGACUGGCACGGCACAGACUUUGUCAACUGGAGUGGGCAUCAAGAUGGAACAUGGUGUUGACGCCAAUCCCCCAUCUUCGAUAUCAGAUGGCUUUUAUCCCAACGACGCAUUCUUAACACCUGGAAAUGGUGAUUACAAUGCGUUCUUUGAUUUCCAAGGCGGAGGGUACUCCCAACUUGGCGAAGAACAGGUUACCAACGAUCAACUCGAUGGCUCCAACUUCGUCAACUGGGACUGAGGUUGCUAGAAGUUCUCAUACUCGUUCUGAUAACUUAUGCUCGAGCGCAAUGCGUUUGGGAUUAUUGAGGGUAAGUAACGGGCACUCGCUUAUUUAUGAUUUUUGCAAGGUUUUCAUUAUGUUCUUGGUUAAUAUGUACCCGAUACCUACUAUCCUUUUUCCUAACGAUGUUACGACUCCGGGCGUUCUGUGGAGUUGCUGGCGCAGAUAUGGAAAAUAACCAGGGGGUAAAGACAUUGCUGUGUCUUCUACAUUGGCGCUUUAGGUCGCUUUGAUGGCGACAUCUCCCCUCCCCAUAGUAUUGGGCUAUGUUGUUAGCUACGAUAUAAUUAAUAAUUGUAGCGGCCUUGAAUUGGCUUCCUGCUCCCAAUCUAGUUACUUGUUAUGCAGUACUUGACGUG